AUGGCCUCUCGACGAACGGCGAAUCCGGCUGCGGAGCGGGCAGCAAAGAACCAACUGGUUAUCAAAAAUUUGCUGAAAUUGGAAUGCAAUAAGGUUUGUGCCGAUUGCAAGCGGAAUAAACACCCGAGAUGGGCCAGCUGGAAUAUUGGCGUUUUCAUUUGCAUUCGCUGCUCAGGCAUCCAUAGGGGUAUGGGUACGCAUAUCAGCCGAGUAAAAUCAGUCGAUCUUGACACUUGGACGGAUGAACAACUCCAGAGUGUGCUUAAAUGGGGAAAUGCAAGAGCUAACAAGUACUGGGAAGCAAAGCUUGCUACCGGGCAUGUCCCUUCAGAGUCGAAAAUGGAGAAUUUCAUCCGAACCAAGUAUGAAUCAAGACGGUGGGUGAUGGACGGGCCCAUGCCUGAUCCAUCAACGCUCGAUGUUGAUGAAGGUGACGAUAAUAUGCCGUUGGCCAUCGUCCAGGAGAAAGCCAAGCUAGAACGAUCUACUUCCCAUCGCGCUGCAUCAACAGUGAGCCAGCCUGCGUCGCGUCGACCAGGACAGUCAAUCAAUCUUUUCGACGACGAAUCCCCGACCCCCCCUGAGAGACCUAAUACCACAGACUUACCAGGUGUCCGUCCUCCAACAACGAAUUCCAUGUCUUCUGCAACUGCCGCUCCUAAGCCAAAUAAACCGGCCGAUUCAUUACUUGGCUUGGAUUUCUUUGGCUCUGCUCAACCAGCGGCAAACCGUUCAUCGAGCAAUUCGUCAUCCAAUGUAGGCUCCACUGGCCCUUCGAGACCCGACCUUAAACAAUCUAUUCUAUCUUUAUACGCAUCAGCGCCCAAGCCGCAAGCCCCGGCCCAGCACGAACGCAAUACUCCAUUUGGAUCAUUUUCUCCCCAACCACAGCAACAGGCCAGGUCACAGUCAGAUGCGUUUGGUGAACUUACGGAUGCUUUUAGUGGAUUGAGCUUUCCGUCAACCACAUCUCCUCCUCCCCCCGAGAAACUCGAUGCGUUUUCGAACCUCGGAUCCUUCAGUCCUCCCAUGUCCCCAAACACAGCACCAAAAAUUUCUUCCCAAACACUCAGAGGUGACCCAUGGGGCGGCGGUACUUGGAACACAACGGAAGCGACUUCCCCCACUAGCAAACAGUCUAUUUCGUCCUUGAUGAAGGUCCCCGAGAAAAUCACUGCCAAUGACAUUGGCUCGGGAUGGGGAUCGCAAUCUCCUCCUACUACGACAAAACCGACGCCGACUGUUGCCGCUGAUGAAGAUUUCGGCGGAUGGACAAGCGCCCCUCCCCCAGCUCCGAUUAGUAGUGCCACCUCGAAGCCGAAGCCUGCUGGGGGCUUUUCGGGAAGCGAUGAUUUGUUCUCCAAUGUGUGGGAGUGA